AUGGCAAAUUCCUCUUUCCAGGAAAUUCAAAUUUCAUCACAUCAAUAAAUCCUUGGAUCAGAUUCAACAACUAUCGAUCGAUGGGCUACAGGUCCUAAUGAUUAUUGGGCAACAAUUCAAAUUGGUCUUACUGAUUUACCAAGUGAAAUGAAUGCUAUUUCAGAACGAAUAAAUGAAAGAUAUACACGUGAUGAUGAAGCUAUUAAUGAUCAUUUUCAUUUAUUAAUCGAUUUACUUCAAGGAUAUAAAGAUUUAUGUAAACGAUUUGAAGAAGCAUUACAAAAUAAACAAAAAGCUAUCCAAAAAAGCAAAUAA